AUUCUGGAAACGGUGUCAGGUCGAAUGACCGUAUGUAUACCUUUUAUAGCGUUAGUUUUGUUUUGACGUUAACGAAGGACGGCGACUUAAUACAGAUAAUACAGGAUUCCUGGCUUUCAUGAUCGACGACAUAAAGACACUGGUUAAUGAAAAGGGAGAGCAUAGACCUGCUAUUACUUUGGAUGGCACACACUAUUGUGACUUGAAAUAAUGAGUCAUAAAUGGGCUCCACAUUCCUGGGUGAACGUAAGCAGAGCAUAUCACUCGUGGCUUACAAAUGCUCACAAGUCAGCAGCAUCACUCCCCUUGUCUGGUACCUCUCCCUGCAGGGUUCAUGUACCACAACCUUAUUGCUACAAGGUCGGCUAUCUCAGCUGGCGGCACAUCCACCACCUGAGGAUCACUGGGCGUAAAGGAUGGCUCUUUAAAGCUAACCAGGUCCGACAAAGGCUUGGGCUCCACACCAGCACUCUUCAUUUGAACACUUCAGCCUCACGUUGGUCCGCUGGUCUGAGCCAACACAUGUCGCGGGUCAGGAACACACUGGACACAGUUUCUAAAGCUGUGAGCGGGACGCAUACAGAACUUCUCUCCAGAAUCGCCCGACUCAAGCCUAAUGCUUUAAAGGCUGGGAAAAAAGCUGAGGCUAGCGUUGAGUUAACGCCAAAAGCUGAAGAGAAUGCAGUCACACUUCACCCUGCUCCCAUUAAUGCUGCUCCCCCUUCUGCAUCCACUACACCCAAAGCUGUAUGUAACUCGUCUUCUGCCGGUCCAUCUAUUGCCACUACCGCUGCUACAUUUGAUGCCACUACCUCCGCUCACCCUCACAGUUCUUCCCAAGCGACUGCCACUGCCGCAGUUCUGACUGUGCGUGAACUCAAGGAGAAAAAGCUGAGACGCGUUGUUCCUGCGGUCAAAGCCAGUUGUGCCAGGAAGCAAGAGGAACUUAAACCACCGCCGAGCGAUGCUGAGAGCAAGAACACAACUUCCAAACAAACCACGGCACUUUUCCAUCCCAGCACUCUCUCAGUCAACCUGGAUGAGACUUACAACUACCUUGCCCAUCACAUCAACUCAUACUUUGGCAGCAGCGUAAAGACUCAGGACAAGAAAGUGGAAAGUGUUGACUACUCCCCUGCUCCCUCUCAGGGUCAACCAACCAGUGACCUCGUGUCAGUGUCUGAUAAAACCGACUCUGCUGUUCCAGUUACACCACCUUCCUCCAGGAAGGGUUUGGGACACUACCUGUCCUACUCAGCUCCCACUGUACAAGCCUUUGUGGGAAGCUACAUUGCUACCUUCGUCCCCAAGUUUAGGACAGCGGAGUCCAAAGCUGCUGCAGUGGAGGAGGAGAAGUCUGAGGAUGCGCCAGUCAAACAGGCCGAGGCCACAGUUAGUAAGGAGCAGAAGGCUGCAGAGGAGAAAGCCAAGAAACUUCUGCUUCAAAGGGAGAAGAUCAUUGCCAGGGUGAGUGUGGACAAUCGAACUCGGGCUCUGGUCAAGGGUCUCCACAGAGCAUCAGACGUAAGAGUCUACAUCAACAGGGUGGAGGACCUCAGCUACCAUCUCCUGGAGUUUCCAGAGACGAGUGGUGUAGCAGUGAAGGAGAAAGUUAUCCCGGGCCUACUGCGUUUGAAACAGGCCAGCGACCCAGGCCUGAGGGCAGCAGUGAGAGAAGCCCUUGCUCUGGUGGGCUACCAUGCACCUGUUAAAGGCCGGGGCAUACGGAUCCUGUCCAUAGAUGGAGGGGGAUUAAGGGGGGUUCUUGCACUUCAGACCUUACACAAGCUGGAGGCACUGACUGGCAAACCCAUUUACAAACUCUUUGAUUAUAUUUGUGGUGUCAGCACAGGUGCUGUCCUAGGGUUCAUGCUAGGUGUGUUCCAAAUCCCGCUGAACGAGUGUGAUGAUCUUUACCGGAAGUUGGGUUCAGAUGUCUUCAAGCAGAACGUCAUUGUUGGCACAGUGAAGAUGGGCUGGAGUCAUGCUUUCUAUGAUAGCGAAGCCUGGGAGAACAUCCUCAGAGAGAAAAUGGGAUCUCACCUCCUGGUGGAGACUUCAAGAAACCCUGAAUGCCCCAAGGUGGCAGCGGUGAGCACCAUUGUGAACCGGGGCGCUCUGAAGGCCUAUGUGUUCAGGAACUACAACACGCUGCCCGGGGUGCGCUCUUACUACCUGGGGGGCUGCCAGCACCAGCUCUGGCAGGCCAUCCGUGCCACAUCAGCAGCCCCUGGGUAUUUCCAGGAGUUCAAACUGGGCAAUGAUCUCCACCAGGAUGGAGGACUGCUCAUUAACAACCCAACAGCACUGGCUAUCCAUGAGUGCAAGUGUUUGUGGCCUAACACACCCUUGGAGUGUGUGGUCUCACUUGGUACGGGCCGCUUUGAAACUCCUGGCAAAAACAGCACCUCCUACACAAGCCUGAAAACCAAACUCACCAAUGUGAUCAGCAGUGCCACAGACACUGAGGAGGUUCACGCCAUGCUUGACGCCUUCCUCCCUCCUGACACUUAUUUCCGUUUCAACCCCUACAUGAGCGAAGACAUCUCCAUGGAUGAAAACCGGCACGAGAAGCUCAACUUGCUGCAGGCUGAAGGCGUCCGUUAUCUUGAGAGGAACGAGGAGAAGCUGAAGAAGGUCACUCGCAUUCUCAGCCGAGAGAAAAGCUCCGUCCAGAGAAUGACAGAGUGGGCCAAGCUCAGGGCUGACAUGUUUAACGGUUCUUCCCUCUACUCAUCUAAGCUCUAGAUCCAACACAAGCCACCUUUACCUCAUGAGGAAACUCUUUCCUUAUUCUAAAUUGCCUAGAAUAUGUCAUGUUACCAUGCUUGGUGCUUUAAAGCUGCUGACUUCUUGACCUGUAGCUCUGCAUAAACGUUAUAUAAACGCACAAGUAGGUAAUACUGUAUAUUCAACAUGCCAAACACUACCUUCCUUGUCACUCAUACUUGCAUUACGGCAGCACUCGACCUAGCAGUCGUUAUGUUGAGAAGAUGUGUCAAAUAACAGCUUUGCUAGCAAAUGCGUCUUGAAUAGUUCUACAUUUUUGGAAAUAUGUUUAUUUGUUAGAUGAGAAAAUCAGCACCACAUACCGCUAGCAGCCAGUUAGCUUAGCUUAGCAUAAGAGCCUGGCUCUGCCCAAAUGCAACAAAAUCUACCAUACUGGUUUCCUAUUUCCAGACUUUGUGCUAAGCUAAACUAACCAGCUGCUGACCCUACCAUGCAGAUAUGACAUUGAUAUUGAUCUUCUCAUCUACCUUCCAGCAGGAAAGCAAAUAAACAUUUUUCCUAAAACGUAAAAUGAUUCCUUUAAAAACCGAAUACUGUUCUAAAGUAGUCAGACUUUUGGACUGUUUUACCUUUUUACCCAUUUACUUUCCUUUCAAAGAUGUGUGGUUAUGACAACCAGCAUAUCCUCGCAAACCUGUGUUUGUACUUUUACAGAAAAAUAUGUAGAUUGGAUAUACAGUAUGUGCUAUUGAAAUGCAGUAUUUGUUGAGCUAAGCUAACACUAUAAAACAGUAAUGUAAAGAAAUGAAAAAAUGAAAAAAAAUCUUAUCUUAUUCUUAUUUUUGUAUUCAAUGGUCUAACCAAGGUCAGUUUGAGCACCUAAUGCAAGUGACAUUUCUCAGUUGUAAUAACUCAAAUUUGCACAUUUAAUAAUGCAGCUACUGAUCAACUGUACAAUUGUAUACUGAUUAUAGUGACAUUGGUACACACCUCAAGCAUUACAGUAUUGCUUAUGUCGUAUGUAAAUGCAUGUUAUAUAUAAGAUUUUACACACAAAGACCAGUCAAUAUCUAGUAGUGUAAGAUGCAAAGAUUUAGCCUAAUAUUUCAUUGUAAAAUACCUACAGUAUAAUGAUUAUUAAUAAUGAUUAAAUAUGAAUAGCAGUAAGUAUUCAAAUGGAGCCUCGCUGUCAUAAGGAUGUGACUUUUAUGUAUAGUUUUACCCUCAGAGUAUUUUAAGUUCACUUGUUUCAAGCGCUUUUAUCAUUGUGGGCUUGAUUGUUUGGUUUUAUGGAUUCCCCACAGGCUGUACGCACAUUUUCUGCUCCAUCUUCAGUGUGCCCUCUUUCCCUUUGAUGCCUCUUCUCAAAAGCUUCUUUCACCCAUUCUACCUUGAAGUGCUGUGUUUUAGUCCCCACUCUGCUACACUGUAAUGCUUGUAAAGAAUUGUGCAACUUUUAGCUGAAGGACUGCUUUAAAACAGAUUGCUGCAUAUUGAUUUGUCAUGGCUGAAAAAUAUCUUAAUGACAUGCACUGCUAGGAAAAAUUGCACUGCAGACGCUCAUUUCCAUGCCUCCCCUGGUCAAGUACUGUAUAACUGAUUCAACAAUGUGUUGGGUCACUCCCAGAGGACCUGAGGUAAAAUGGACACAGAUAUUACUCAGAUUAAUGUAAUUCCACUGUUCUCCUGUUCGUCCAGUGUAAGACUGUUUGAGAGUGUAUGUAAUUAAAACCCAUCACUGAACCUCA